AGAGAGGCCGGCUAAGUGGCUACACUUCCGGGUGGUGUUGGAAGUGUCUGUAGGGGUGUUGGGUCAUUCAGCUGGUGUGAGAGGAAGACCGGGAGGUAGGGGAGCCGGUGCAGACGCGGAGACGUGGGGGAGGGACAGCCAGCAUUAGCAGAUAUGUCUGACAACACAAGUGAUACAACACCUAAUGAUGCAACAUUACCUGAUCCUGAAGAUGUUGCUUCUGACCCUGAGGAGCUCACAAUGGCUCAAGAUUCACCAAGAAGCUCAGCAGCUGAAAUUCCUGUAACCAGCAAUGGAGACUAUGACGAAACCGUAGAGCACAAUUUUAACAUGGACUUGAAGCGAUCAGUGCCAGUAGGACUUGGUCUUUCAGAAACGCACAUCACCUCCCAUGGCUUUGCUAGCACUAAAGAAGGAAUCGUAGAAGCCGGGCCCUUUCAGGGAUCCUUCUCCACUCCCAGGUCUCCAGUCAUUUCUCCCAGCAGCACUGCAGCUAGCAGACUGGCUGGACAAGGAGAUGAUUUCAUUGUUCCGUCAGCUGACGGGCAGAUAAUACAGCAGAGAAGUGGCCCAGUUGUCCUCUCCGAAGAACCAAGAAGUACCGCUAUUGAAAAAUUAGAACUAGUGAGAAGGUGGAGUUUAAAUACAUACAAGUGCACCAGGCAGAUCCUCUCCGAGAAGCUAGGACGGGGCUCAAGAACAGUUGACCUGGAAUUAGAAGCACAGAUAGAAAUUCUGAGAGACAACAAGAAGAAGUAUGAGUAUAUAUUAAAGCUGGCGCAGACGCUCUCCUCACAGCUUUAUCAGAUGGUGCAGACCCAGAGGCAAUUGGGAGAUGCAUUUGCAGACCUCAGCUUAAAGUCUUUAGAGUUACAUGAGGAAUUUGGAUACAAUGCAGACACUCAGAAACUUCUUGCCAAGAAUGGAGAAACGCUUCUGGGGGCCAUCAACUUUUUUAUUUCCAGUGUAAAUACACUAGUUAACAAGACAAUAGAAGACACGCUUGUUACUGUCAAACAGUAUGAGACAUCCAGGAUUGAAUAUGAUGCCUACCGCACAGAUUUGGAGGAGUUAAACCUGGGACCACGAGAUGCGAUAACAUUGCCGAAGAUUGAGCAUUCUCAGCAGAUGUUCCAGAUUCACAAGGAAAAGUAUGACAAGAUGAGAAAUGAUGUCUCUAUCAAACUGAAGUUCCUAGAGGAGAACAAGGUUAAAGUUCUUCACAAUCAGCUGGUCUUGUUCCACAAUGCUAUCGCUGCCUUCUUUGCCGGGAACCAGAAGCAACUUGAACAAACAUUGAAGCAAUUCCAUGUUAAAUUGAAAAUCCCAGGAGUGGAUGCUCCAUCCUGGCUGGAAGAGCAGUAAUUUAACCAGAAAUUAAGCAGGCGAUCUCUGAUCAGAACCAAUGCAUUUAAUUUGAAGAAAGGGGCUGGGCGUAAACAAUUAUAUUAAUGAUUUCUAUUCACAGACCAAUGUCCGUUUUUAAUACUUUAUCAGGUUGUUAAUGGUGAAACAAGACUUUAUGUAAAUUUCUAUUCUGUAACAUAAUUAAAGGACACUUUUUCUUUCUGUAGAGGUGCGGCAGGCUCUUUAAUUUGGGUAAAAUAGAAAACGGCUUUUGCACCGUUAGGCUGGUGCUACAUACAGAUUUUGUUGUGUGACCUCUACCAUCCAUAGUAAUAUAUAUUCAGGCUCACAAUUACAUGGGACUGCAACAUACGUUUUCCAGAUGCAGCCUAAUUGGAGUUACCUGUAAGCAUCACAACAAAACAUGAUCUAUGGAUAUCAUAUGGAAUGAAAAGGAAAAAUGUAAAGUACAAGUCGCAUGAUCUCUACAAAGUGAGACUUGUAUGUGCUACAGAGAGCCGCGAGAAAGUCUGUAUGUACCCCAAGCCUUAAAAAAGAAAAAUUGCACAGUUUGUACUUUAUUGGUGGUCGAGUGUAGCAAUUGUACGGAGGGUUUUCAUGAUUUGUACUUGUCUCCAUUGAUUUUUAUAUUUGCAUCUAUGAAAUCGGCAGAAGAGCCACUUUAAUAUAAAGGUUGUUUUUAAAGAGAAUCGCUGUUAUAUUGCAAAGUAAUCCUUUUAACCCAUUUGAAAUUUUCACAGAGAAUCACUAAAUAAUAGUAAUUGCUAUUGAUGAUGACCGCCUGCUGGACAGAUUCACUUCAUCUCUACAUCUGUCCGGAAUGUAUAGAAAUAAGAAGGAUAUCAAACUGUAGCUAAGAUAUCAACCUGCCUCCUGAAGCCUUUCUGUGUCACCAGCUGUGCAGUAGGGGAUUUAUUCCUAUUCUUCUCUAAGAGAAAGGGGGAUUGUUUACCCAGUGCGGAGAGAUUUACAGCACAUUGUCAUUCUGCCAUAGGCCCCUUUUAAUGGUUGAUAGAUCCGAAAUAUUGAGCCACGUGACCAGAUUCAAAUGUUUAUCUAGUCCCCCAACUAGACAGCCCUUGUAUGCCCUAUGUAUGUUUCUUGCAUUGGCGCUCAAGGCUUACACCUGGCGAUUUUUAGGCAGAUGAUCGCUAACUACGCUCAUUACUGAUUAUCCUGCAGUGUAAUACUGCCGCCGAUUGCCCGAUGAACGAGUUCGUUCAUCAGGCAAUUGUGAUUUUUAAGCAUGUUUAAAAAUCAUUUGCCGGCGGCAGAUCAUGUUGUCUAAUAGCGAUCUGCCGCCGGUAAACCACUAGACAGUAUGGGGGCAUGCGAUGGCAUAGCGACCACUCCUCCCCAUGCUGCGGAGGAGAUCGCUGCAUGUAAUAGCAGAGGUCUCCUCCACUAUCUAGCAGGCGAUUGCCGGGAGGGAAUGCUUCCUUCUCGACAAUCGCUUGCUCAAUCAGCCUGUGUAAUGCAGGCUUCAGUCCCAUUCACCUGAAUGUGGAUUAGCUGCAAUAACCAGACACAGCCCAUGAACAGGAGUAGUGAUGUCUCAUCAUGAUUGUAGACUUUCAAGUGUCAGCAGAUAUCCUUAUGCGAUACUCGGCUGUCGUCAUAGCUCAUGUUACUAUCCACAUAGUGGUAGCCAGAUAGUGAUUAUUUAAAGGGGUUCUGUGGGUGACCUAUACUUGGGAUAGGUCAUCAAUAUCAGAUGGAUAGGUGGAAUCCUCUAUACAUAAGUCCCAGAAAACUCCUUUU